UCCCUCUCAUUUCUUCUCCAACGAGUACACCAAAACUCACAACGCCAAGUUAUGCAAUCCCUGCAGGGCACCCAGCGCGACAUGCGCGGGCUAACCGACCGCAUUAAGCUGACCCUUAAGGUCUCUCCCAGUACUGCCACAGGAGACGAAAAGGAAUGGCAAGUUGAUCAAAAUAUCACGGUUUCAGAAGAACUUGAAUUUCUCCUUAAUGAUUAUUCCUUGGUCGCCAAUCCGCGAGACAACGACAGAGGUAUGAUACGGCCGAGAAUGGAUGCUAUUCUAUUCGGGCAACUUGGCAAGGUGAAGAAGGCACACCAGAGUGAUGGGGGCUAUGAACCUCUUUGUGCUCCUUCAAAUCCUCUGUGGAUCUGCCAGCAGAAUUUCACCCUUGAUGUCGUCUCUGAUGACAUAGCUGGUAUGCAAGAUAUGGAGGGUCCCAUUGAAGCCGCCGUAACCUACGCUCUAAAGCAUGGCGAACGCGCAGGGAUAGACCUAAACCUAGUGGUUCUCAGAAAAGAUACGCCUGGCCUGGAAGGUGAGAGUGAGGAAGUCCUCGCAGCCAUGACGGCUAUCCAUCGCGCUAGGAAAGCCGCAUGGGCCGUUACGGAGCUCUAUGGCCUUCAUACAGACAGCUAUGAUUGGAGAUUUUUCCAUGUUAAUGACUGUGGUCAGUACUCCAGGUUGUCAUUGUCCUGGAGCACAGAUCGACAGAAGAUAAUAGGUCUACUCUGGAAGAUCAUGGACCAGGCGGUGAUAUUAGCAGGAAGCUCGGGCCGUUGAUGAUACUAUGCGAGAUCUCGACAGCCCAGGAGGAAUCUGCAUCUGAUAGCAAAGCCUAGUCUUUAGAGAUAUCCAUGGACUUGCAAGUACAACCACUGGAAAGAAUGAGAAGGGAAUUCGGCGUUUGUACGUUGGACUAUUUGCCCAGCUCCAGUUUAUUUUCAAGAGGAUGAUUUCAACUCCGGUUUAACUUAAAUAAACUAGGACGCAGAGAAUGAGACUUCGCGUGUUUAGUUCCGAUAUGCAAUGUUAAACCGACA